AAUAAGUUAUGUUAUAGAACAAAACAUAAAAACCGAAAACAACGGUCUUCACCUCCGUAAUCUGCAUUCACGAUAUCUUCAUCAGAAUCUGAUUUCAGGUUUUCGGUUUCAAAACGAUGUCGAUUCUAGGUUCAAAUAUCCCCAGCGAGGUUGGUCUGCGGUUGCUUCUUUGCCCACUUGGUUCCAAUAUUGUCCUAAAAACAGCAUGCUGUUCUGUAGGAGUUAUUUUACCCGUUUAUUCUACGUUCAAAGCAAUCGAGACAAAUAACAGAACCGAGCAACAAAAGUUGCUUUUAUACUGGGCAGCAUAUGGGACAUUUAGCAUUGCGGAAAUAUUUGCAGACAAAAUUAUAUCCUGGUUUCCACUUUACCAUCACAUGAAGUUUGCUUUUCUUGUUUGGCUUCAGCUUCCCAAUACCAAUGGCGCAAAACAGUUAUACAUGAAUCAUUUACGUCCUUUCCUGUUGAAGCAUCAAGCUAACCUCGAUCAAAUUGUGGCGUUAUUGCACAAUGAAACGGGUAAAUUUAUUAGUGCUCACCAAGGAGAAUUUCGGUUUGUGAAAGCAAUUGUGUUGAAGAUUCUGAUAUCAGCAAAGCAUUUGGUCAAUGAUAGCAGUCAACCCAACCCGCCAGUCCCACCGCCAGAGGGAAGAGCAACCACAGUGCAGAGCACUGCCUCUAAUGACAAUGAUCACGAGUAUGAUAUUAGUGACGACGAGGAUGAUGAUGAUGAUGGUUUUGUAACCGUCCCUGCAAGUUAAGUGAAGCACAUUGAUUUUUCAUGAUCGAGUAUGAAAACUGUUUAUCUGCAUAUUACCUUUUGAUAUAACAAUAACUUGUUUUUAAGGCUGUUAUUUGUCUAA